ACAACGUGUCCGGUGUCCGGCGGGACGAUGCUGUCGCACCUGAAGGAGCUCAAGGCGGACAAGAAGAAGGAGUCCAGGUAUGGCCACGUAGACAGCGCCGUGGACAUGAGCCCCGGGGGCUUCAGACAAACGCCCAGCAACGCCAGCAACGUGGAAGCGGGCAAUGCGAAGCAGCAACAACAGCGCAACCCCGAGGACCUAUCAGACGAAGACGACGACGACGUGGACACGGAGGCGUCCACGACCAAGAUGGAGAGCGAGGUAUUGGGGCACGACCUGCGGUUUCGCGUGAAUGGCAUCGUGGUGGACAGCGAGGUGAAGGGAGGUGCCAGGAAGGGCUGGGAGGGCGUGUACGAGAUCAUGUUCAAGAGCUCCACGCCCACUGGCCAGCGCGUGGCGCUUGUUCUACUAGUGAUGGUGUCCAUGAGUGUCGUAGUUGCUGUGCUGGACAGUGUGGACGAUAUUCGUGAGGACAUUGGAAACUACUUGCUGGCGUUGGAGGCCUUCUUCACUGUGGUGUUUUCAGUGGAAUAUGCUCUACGACUCGUUUCGCUUCGUAACCCGAGCAAGUUCGCCUUUAGCAUGAUGGGCUUCGUCGACAUGUGUGCUUUAGUGCCGUCGUAUUUGGGCUUCAUCCUGCCUGACGCAAGGCCGCUACUCCACUUGGCAGUGCUGCGUAUCUUCCGAGUGAUGCGCGUGUUCCGAUUGCUGCGUCUCGCUCGGUUUGUGGACGCAGGUGCUGCACUGAGCGACAACAUCCAGUCGAACAAACGACGCAUUGCCGUGUUCCUCGUCGCGCUGUUCACGAUGAUUCUCGUCAUUGGAUGUGCCAUGUACCUGAUAGAAGGCGAUCGUCAUGACUUCUCGAAUAUCCCUAUCAGCCUCUACUGGACGGUUGUGACCAUGACCACUGUGGGAUACGGUGACAUCUCGCCGCAGACGAUCGUUGGUCGCAUGCUUGCUACCGUUGUGAUGUUCGUUGGUUACGGUAUUAUCGCCUGUCCGUUGGUACUGAACCAAGCCGGAUCACAGGAUAUUCUGACGGAAGUAAUUGAAUGCCCACGCUGCUUCCGACGGCUACACCAAGAGGAUGCCAACUUCUGUCGUGUAUGCGGCACGUCACUACGUCAGCCUCGCGCCAAGAGUAUUAAAGCGCGUCGUGACCGCCGUCUUCGUCUCGCGAAGCUUCAGCUACCGAUCCCGGAGGAUGGCCUGCCACUGUCGACCACAUCGACCAUGAGGUCCAAUGUUCGCCUGCUUUCAGAGGAACCAGACUCGACGCGGACAAACGGCCGAUAAAUCGGUGCCAUGUCAUUUUGGGAUUGCUCUUGCUAUCGGCAAGGAGCGGUCAUGUAGCAUACCACACGCGUUGGAGGGCAAAAUAGACGAUGUAUGCAUGUGUUUUUCGUCAACACACUUUAUGUGUCAUUUUUCUCAAUCCGGAAAAUAUUGACGUGCAACUUACAUGAAUGUUCAAUUGAAAUUGC